UUUAGACGAGGUGGAGGAGAAGACUUAACGUAACUUCAUGUUUUCGACCCUCUCAAAAAGGGAUCCAGAGACUUGCGAGGCAGUUUUCCUGACACUGUGAGUCCACUCCUGCUGUCUUGGUCAUCGGACAGCCUGCCGUCUAUCCAAUGUGCGUAAAGGGGCUUUGUUUCCUCACCGUCCUGACUGGACUCGCAGCUUCAGGCGUGCUGCAGGUCAGCGGGAUGCGUAUAUACACAUCAGGGAAUAUGGAAGCUGUCAAUGGGACGGAUGUUCGUCUGAAGUGCACAUUCGAAAGUUCUGCUCCCAUCAACCCCAGCCACACUGUGGUAUCCUGGACUUUCAGACCACUAAAACCGGGCAGAGAGGAGUCGGUGUUCCACUACCAGCAGCGACCGUAUCCUCCUAUAGAUGGCAUUUUCAGGAAGCGCAUUCUUUGGGCGGGUGACAUCAUGGGCCGUGAUGCCUCCAUCAUAAUUCGAGAGGUCAAGUUCACCUACAACGGCACUUUCUUCUGUCAUGUCAAGAAUCCGCCGGAUGUCCACGGCGCGGUCGGAGAGAUUCGACUCCGUGUCGUCACAACAGCCUCUUUCUCAGAGCUUCUCUUUCUGGCGUUGGCCAUCGGAGGCGGUAUCACUGCUGUGGUCGUCCUCCUCAUCAUCAUUGUGUCCUGCAGGAGGUGCAAGCGGAAGAGAGAGAGGCAUGAAGGGCUCGAGCACGGGCACGAGGAAGCUCCACGCAAAGAGAGAAAAGACCCCACGGCGUGGUAAGACCAAGAAAGAGACACAGAGAGAGGAAGAGGGGGAUAGAGAGAGGAAAAGAAGAAUCGCACACUUCCUCUCUCGCUCUCCGUCUGACUCUGGGGAUCGGGGCAAGUGGUGCUCCUUCUUGGGUCCUGGGUCUACUUUUCCUUCUGGAUGUUUUCUCUUCCUGCUUCCUCUCCAACCGCAGUCUUUGGAUCCAAAACCUGGACCAGUUGACGGGCAGCUGUCAUUAAGGAGAAUUAAAAAUGAGAACGUGCCUUUAUGUAGAAGUUGUAGAUACAGAACCGAAAACAGAACGCUGUCUAGCUUUAAUUAUCACUGUGUGCCUUUCAUUUCUUUUAAGGAAACAACUGUUUUAUCAGUUCAUCUUUUCCUGUUCAGCUAAAUGGGCUCCAAAACACAUUUCCUGUUUAGAGUAAAUGUUUUGAUGAUUUAGAGGUAGAACAAUGCUGUAUUCCUGCUGUUUACUUCCCUACUAAUACAUUUCAAACCCCAACAUACCACAGCAGUUCCAGCCACAUGUUUGAUAUGUUAUUUUAACAAACAAUAGAAACUGUGGAACAAUGAAUUAGCAGUUUCAUGGCUUCUAUUGAAGUAUUGUAUUAAUCACCACAUCAUGGGAUACAUUAUCACCCAUAUAAAGCUCUUAUCAACUCCCAUAUCGUAUGUCUGAUCCGCUUAAUGGGGGUCCUUAUGGAUCUACAGGAUGAAGAUUGUGUUUAUUUCUGUUUUUUUCACUACUGAUGUUUUAUGGUUGUAUUUUUCUGAGAUUCUGUGGUGUUAUAAGCAUCAUUUUGUGACUUCUGCAGCAAUAUAGAAGGUGCUAUUAAAUGCAAAUCUGGUGCAGAGCACUUGUUGGAAACAGACAUUUCACACUUAAAUAUGUUAAUUAAAUUCCAAAUCAACUCUAAAUUUCAACAAAUGUUUUUGUCAUUUAGAAGUAUCUCUGAUGACCUGUUGUCUGUUUUGAACAAUGAGCUAUUUUGUGAAAAAUGUCUUUUCUUGGGUAACCUUUGGGACUUCUUUGCUUCUUUCUUGGGUUUUCAGAUCUUUCUGUAAUAGGUGCCCUAACUGGUUAACGUUGAAACUGUGCUGCGAUACUGUAACCUAUGCACCAGACUUCAAAAGCUGUGCCUCUCAAGGAAAAAGUUGACAACUUUGCUGUCAUCUUGGUUGAUUUAUUCAGGCUUCAAAACCCCAAACUCUUCAUUGAAAAAAGUUGAUGAAGGAAGGGAAUUAUUUUACCCAAUCAAAUCCAAGAUGAACCACUUUCACUCUCAAGUUGGGACUUGUGUGACUCUAACCCUUUGUCCCUGCUGCUGUGUUUUUGUUGCCUGCUUGUCUUUGUACUGUCUAUAUUGUGUGUGACCUACACACAUGCACAUACAUAAAUAAUGCAUGAAUGUUUCAUGCAUGAAUGCAUUUCCCUUUCUGUGUGCGUGUUGCUCUUCUUGUCCGCUCUGUGUAUGUGUGUGUCCCACUCUCAGUCACCCAUCGAGGGCCGUCCACCUCUACUUAUCAGAGACGUCCAUAGAGAUCGACAGUUCAGACGGCAUGAUCUCAGAAGCCAGCACCAAAGACCCCAGCUCCUCAGAGGAGGAGGCCCCGAGCUCAGACGACGAUGGCGGUGACGACUCCGACUGAGGAGGUGGGGACAGAUAGAGAGACAAAAACACUGAUAUGAAGCCAGCUGGGAAGCCUGCUGGAGGGAUGCCCAGAUGGCACCCGUGGAUUACGUUCCACGGUCCUGCCGACUGGGGCCUCGUUGAAGAGAGCGUUGCCGCUGUGUUGAAAACAAGCACAUUGUUCAAGAAUGGCAGGAAAACGGAUAGAAAGUUCUUGAACAAAAAUAAGAACAAAGAGAUCAGAGCACUGCUUUUGAUGAAGUCUCUGAAACAAGAUCAAAUGUAACUUUAGUCCAGAAAUAUUCAUACGAGGGAAGACAUCUGAUUGAAACAGCAGGAGUUAUAAAGUGAGAGGCACUGUUAUCCUGAAGCUGGCUAUGUUGCUGUCCUGAAGGAAAAAACAGUCGAUGCAUGUUUAAAAAAUGCCUGUUAUUGAAGACAUGGCUAUUGUUAAGUGUAGGAACUUAAUGCCAAAAUUAGUUGCAACAGGCAAUGGAUUUAAUUAAAGAUAUUGGAAUGUAAGCAGUCAGCGAGUAAGGCAGCUGCUGCCACGAUGAGCCAUACAUGUGACCUUUAAAUUUCUAUGGGUGCCUAAGAUUUACAACCCAUUCUCAGUUUGACUUCAUGGAAUAUUAUAUGUUGAAUCUGUCAUAUUUUAUGAGGUUUUCAUACUGGGAUACUGUAGGUCUUGCAUUUCAGUCAGUUAACCACAUCAUCAUAAUACCUACUAGUCUCAGAGCACUCCCUGAAAGCAGUUCUGUCCUAAAACUGUAGGCUGAGGUGCUUGUGUCACAUCAGAUUACAUGGAAAAAUAAAACAACAAAAAAAAACAACGCAUAAAUGUUCUGUUGCUGUCAUUAAGUCUGAAGGCCAAAUACUGAUGUGUGUGGGAGCGCACAGUCAGAUCUGAAAACCCUUUGAAUGCAAAAAUGUCCUUGCGCCUGUGAAUGCAUCACGUCUACUAACAAAUUACUGUAAUACCUGUCUUUCUUCCUUUUGUGAGGGUCGUACUUGUGAUGUAAUACCUAGCAAUGUUUAUAGAUUUUUCUAUUUUUUUUAGAUAAUGCCAGAAGUAUUAUAUUCUGUUUAAAAGUGUCACUGUAUUUGUUUG